CUUUAUUUCCCAUUAUAUUUAAUAGUGCUUGCAAUGUAUUUUAGAAAAAAUGGGAAGAAAUAAAAAGAAGGAUAAUUUGGAGAAAAUCUAAACUAGAAGACAGAAGUCACAUGCAGAGGGAGACAUCUAAAGAAGUAAUCACAUCCUACUUCCUUCCCACAUGGAUUCAUGAUUUGAGAGAAUGCGUCUGUAUCUCCAAUUCUCAUGAACGAUCUCUCUCAUUUCUAUUUUUAUUAUCCAUAUUACUUACUAAAGAUAAUCUAAAAUCUUGGAGCUUUUAAGUCUUUAAGAGUGAGGAAUUGGAACAAACAAACAAUAUUUACAAACCAACAAGUUCCUCCUUCUUAUGUGGCUGUCUUUUUGUUUUGUUCUCUGAGCAGAACCAGGAGGAAACAUUUUGCAGAGGUUCUUUAUUCUUCUUCUUCUUUGCUUGGCGCUUUCUUUCUUUCCCUAAGGUUUUGAAUGUACAUUCUCUGAUCAGUGAUCUUCUUCUGGGAGAUUAAGUUUUCAGACAAAAGAGCUUUUGUUCUGUAAUAAUGGAGCUUGUCUUAUUCCUUUUGGGGUUAGUGGGGAUUUGAGAAUCUAGGUGUUGAAAAUAGGGUUUAAUAGAUUCAUAUGUUUCUGCUAGCCUAGACUCUACCCAAUUUACCACGUAUAAGAAAAAAGCGAAUUUUUCAUUAUGAUAGGGAUUUAAGCUAUGUAAUUUAGCUGGAGAGCAAUGGGAAAUGGCGUUCACAUUGAGCUUUGUCAGGGCAAAUUUUAUUGGAAUGUGAAUUGAUAAAAGCUGGAAACUUUUGGAAUUAUAUGAAAUAUGGAAAGUGGCGUCGUUCUCGUUAUUAGUUGGUUCCAUGGUGGUUGCUAUUGAUAGAGAUAUAACGAAAGCUUACGUUUUUCCCAAAUUAGGAUUUACUGGAAGCACAAUAAAGAAGAGUUAAGACACUGUCACUACAGAGAGAAGAGUUCAAAUUCUCUCCUUUUUGUUACCAGUAGCAAGUUCCGGCGCCGGAGAUUCGCCGGAGAACCCUCCUGGUUUCAGGUGAACUUCUAGCUAUUUUUCACCAUUCAUGGCUGCAAAGCUUCUUCAUACAUUGGCAGAUGAAAACUCGGAUCUGCAGAAGAAAAUUGGAUGUAUGAAUGGGAUUUUCCAAAUCUUUGAUCGACACCAUAUUCUCACAAGCCGGCGUAAAAGUCUUACUUUAGGUAAUGCACAUGUCAAUAGUAUCAACUUUGAAAGAGACUCUGUUGAUGCAAUUUGUCAGCAAAGAUCAGCAUUUCAGUGUCAGGACUCAAACCUUGUUAGCAGUAAUGGAUUGAGCGAGAAACUAACGAGGCUAUCAACCGAAUGUUCGAGGGUUUCUUUCUCAUCAUCGUGUUCAUCAUCUUCCCCGUUGUCUUCCGAGGUCAACAGAGAAGUUCAGCCUGAGAUUUCUGCGGAUGACCGAGUCAUUUUUCCAGAAUCUCCUACAAGUGAUCCAGUGAUGAGCCAAGGAACUGGUGCUCGUGUGGGACUUGACCUUAGAGAUGUUGUUAGAGAUUCUAUGUAUAGAGAAGCUAGAGGGCUUUCUGAUGUAUGUAGGCAAAACAGAAGAGAGGAUUCUCCAAGACCCUAUGGUUUGAAGCAAUCCAGGCCUGUUGAUUUCAAUGAAUCCUGCAGAGCUCUAGCCAAACUUAGAAAAACAUCUCAUCACUAUUACAAUGAGGUUGACAUGAAAGAUACAUCCCGUUACUAUGUUGAUUCUCGCGGAAAGUCGAAAUCCGGGAAGAAGCUGAAAGAGUUGCCUAGGCUUUCGUUGGACAGUAGAGACCACGUUGAUCUCAAAUCAGGUAAUAAACUUUCUGAAAGUUUCAGUAGAAGCUCUAGCAUGAACAAAGUUUCAGGUAGCCCGAAACGGCCUCCUAGUGUUGUUGCCAAGCUAAUGGGCUUGGAAACAUUACCGGGUUCUCCUUUGAGCAGAGACAGAUUCAACAUGUUUGAUGAUAACAGUGAUCCAUUCGCAAGAUCAUUGAGGGAAAAUAGCCUGAACCGUUCUCUUCGGUUCUCUCCUAGCUCGCCCAGAAGCUUAGGAAAGGACCCUGCUGCUUCUUCUUCUUCUCCAAGAUGGAGAAGCUCUGAGUUUGUUAUGAAACCCUUAUCAAGUUUGAGAUAUCCCAUUGAACCAGCUCCUUGGAAGCAAACCGAGAGAAACCGGUUUUCUCAAAAGCAAGCCUGCAGGUCUGUGAAAUCUCUGUCACAGUCGAUGGAGGGAAAAUUGAAAGAUCUUGAGGUUAAACAUUCGGGAAAGGAUCUCAGAGCUCUUAAAGAUAUAUUAGAGGCAAUGCAAUCAAAAGGUCUCUUUGAUACUCGAAAGCAACAACAAUGCUCAAACUUGGAAGCUCAAAGAGAUUACGAACUGGCAGAUUCUGCAACUUCUAAGCAUGAUUCAAUAGACCUGAGAAACCCGGUGAUUCCAUCCAAUAUGAGAGGUCCAAUUGUGAUAAUGAAACCUGCCAGACUUGUUGAAAAAUCUGGUAUCCCUUCAUCAUCUCUGAUUCCCAUUCACAGUCUAUCCGGUCUUAAUAAGACCUGCAGAGAAGAACCUGUAAAUGUUAGAAGAAGUUCAACAAGUAGAAAGGCAGUAAAAGAUCGUAGUCCUGGAAACCAAAGAGCUGAACCAUGUAUCAGUUCUGACAAGAAAUCUAGCAGCAGAAACGUGAUGUCUUCUCAGGUUUACAAAGAAAGCACUUCAAAGAAUUCAGGGCCUGCAAGUUCAAAGUUGCAGCAGAUGAAGCCUGAGCAUGACAAGCGUUCUCGACCACCAGCCUCUCCAUCUGAUUCAAGCAAAUUAAGAAAACAAAUAAGCCGACAACCCGUGGAAUCUACUACUUCUCCUGGUGGGAGGCGUAGUAGACCCAGGGAUCAGAGGAGCUUGCAGCAAAAUGAUGGCCAACUUAGCCAAAUGAGCAAUAAAUCUAGGACUAAAAUAGAAGCCACCUUGAGUAUCGAAAAUGGUGGAAAGAGCCCAUCUGUUAUAGAGGCAGCCAAAGCUGUAGUCUCUAACUUAAUACAGAAUAAGUCCAGUCCAACGUUUAGUGAAGAUGGAUCAUCAGAACAUCCAAGUCCAGUUUCUGUUCUCAAUGCAGAAAUCUACCGAGAGAUCGAACCAUCUCCUGUGAAAAUCCAAGCUAGUGAAGGCAGUGUUAAUGGCUCUAUUAACUCGGGUGUUGAACAUUGCGAGGAGGACCAGUGGAAUCCAGCUUAUAGCUUCUCAAAGACAACAACAAGCUUUUCGCCAGAGAUGAACCGAAAGAAGCUUCAGAAUGUUGAGCAUUUGGUUCAAAAGCUAAAAAGACUAAACUCUAGCCAUGACGAAACCAGUCAAGAUUACAUUGCAUCUUUAUGCGAGAACAGUGAUCCUGACACCGAUCACAGAUACAUUUCCGAGAUUCUUUUAGCCUCGGGUCUUCUCCUCAGAGAUCUUGGCUCAGGAUUAACAACUUUUCAACUGCACCCUUCAGGCCACCCAAUUAAUCCGGAGCUGUUCCUUGUGAUUGAGCAAACUAAAGGAUGCAGCAGUAGCAGCAAUGAAAAGAUCAACCGCAAACUUGUGUUCGAUGCUGUUAAUGAAAUGCUCGGGAAGAAGCUAGCUUUUGUUGAGAGCUAUGUAGAUCCAUGGAUGAAGCAAGCUAAAGCGAGAAAGAAGGUCUUAAGUGCACAAAAUCUGUUGAAGGAACUAUGUUCAGAGAUAGAGAUACUACAAAAGCAAGCCAAGAAGAGAUCAGAAAACUUGUUGUUGUUGGAGGAAGAAGAAGAAGAAGAAGAAGAUUUCUUGAAAUGUAUAUUGGAUGAAGAUAUGGCAAUCCAAUCUGAGAAAUGGACAGACUUUGAUGAUGCAAUCCCUGGUUUAGUGCUUGACAUGGAGAGGCUUCUCUUCAAAGAUCUGGUGAAAGAGAUUGUGCACGGUGAGAUUGAUCGGCUGCAAGGAAACUCAAGGAGACAGAAAACGGUUUUGGCUGACGAGUAGAUAUUGAUUUAUACAAUAAGUCGUUUUUGGAUUCUCUGUAUUCUAAAGCGGUAUAUAUAUAAUACAAGUCAAUGUUCAUGACAACAUUCUCUUUUUCCUAUCCCAGAGGCCAGAACAUUGUGUUAAUUAUUAAGACAACAAAAAAGUGAAAACACCGUCCAACAUCAGAAGCUAACACUUCUCUGUAUUUGUAAGUUUGACUUCUUAUGAAUCUCAUCUAGUUCGGAAAUGGUAGAGAUUCUUCAUUUUAGGGAUUACUCAAUUUAAGAAGAAGAGAGUAAAAGGAAAUUUUAGGGGUUU